AUGAGCGCAGAUGGGGAGAUGUCGAUCUUUGGGCCGGCCGCUCAAUACCUCCGUAAAUCUGAGAAGGAGCGGACGGAGGCGCAGACUCGGCCCUUCGAUGGAAAGACGGCGUGUUUCAUCACUGACGAUAAGGAGCUGUACACCAAAGCUGAGAUCCAGGACAAGGUGGAUGGCAAAGUGACGGUGAAGACGGCGGACGACAGAACUGUGACCGUCAAGGAGGACCAAGUGUUUCCCAUGAAUCCCCCAAAGUUCGAUAAGAUCGAGGACAUGGUGAUGAUGACGCACCUCCACGAGCCAGCGGUGCUGUUCAACCUGAAGGAGCGCUACGCCGCCUGGAUGAUCUACACCUACUCUGGGCUCUUCUGUGUGACUGUGAAUCCCUACAAGUGGCUUCCAGUUUACAACCCUGAGGUGGUCCAGGCCUACAGAGGCAAGAAGAGGAUGGAGGUCCCCCCUCACAUCUUCGCCCUGUCAGACAACGCCUACCAGUUCAUGCUCACCGAUCGUGAGAAUCAGUCGAUCCUCAUCACUGGAGAAUCCGGUGCAGGGAAAACUGUCAACACCAAACGUGUGAUCCAGUAUUUUGCAACAAUUGCAAUGUCUGCAGACAAGAAAAAGGACGCAAACAGUAAGAUGAAGGGGACUCUGGAGGAUCAGAUCAUCCAGGCCAACCCGCUACUGGAGGCUUUUGGAAACGCCAAGACCGUGAGGAAUGACAACUCAUCCCGCUUUGGUAAAUUUAUUCGUAUUCACUUUGGCACAACAGGGAAACUGGCAUCUGCAGACAUUGAAACAUAUCUACUUGAGAAAUCCAGAGUAACGUUUCAACUGGCUGCUGAGAGGAGCUAUCACAUCUUUUAUCAGCUUACUUGCAACAGGAAGCCUGAGCUGAUUGAUCUGCUCCUCAUCACCACCAACCCCUACGACUUUGCCUUCAUCAGUCAGGGGGAAAUCAGCGUCAAAAGCAUAAACGAUGCUGACGAGUUAAUGGCGACAGAUGAGGCCUUUGAUAUUCUGGGGUUCACCGCCGAGGAGAAAGUUUCUGUCUACAAGCUGACUGGUGCUGUGAUGCAUUAUGGGAACAUGAAGUUCAAGCAGAAGCAGCGGGAGGAGCAGGCGGAGCCCGACGGCACCGAGGUGGCAGAUAAAGCAGCCUAUCUGAUGGGCCUAAACUCUGCUGAUCUGCUGAAAAAUCUCUGCUAUCCCAGAGUGAAGGUGGGAAAUGAGUACGUGACCAAAGGACAGAAUGUUCAACAGGUGUACAACUCCAUCGGCGCCCUUGCAAAGUCUGUGUACGAGAAGAUGUUUUUGUGGAUGGUGGUUCGCAUCAACCAGCAGCUGGACACCAAACAGCCCAGGCAGCACUUCAUCGGAGUCCUCGACAUCGCUGGCUUUGAGAUCUUUGACUUCAACAGCAUGGAGCAGCUCUGCAUUAACUUCACCAACGAGAAGCUGCAGCAGUUUUUCAACCACCACAUGUUUGUUCUGGAGCAAGAAGAAUACAAGAAGGAAGGGAUCGACUGGGAGUUCAUCGACUUUGGGAUGGACCUGGCAGCCUGCAUUGAGCUCAUAGAGAAGCCGAUGGGCAUCUUCUCCAUCCUUGAGGAGGAGUGCAUGUUCCCAAAGUCCACAGAUACGUCUUUCAAGAACAAACUGUACGACCAGCAUCUGGGCAAGAACAACUGCUUCCUGAAGCCGAAAACAGUCAAAGGUAAACCAGAGGCUCACUUCUCCCUGAUGCACUACGCCGGCAACGUGGACUACAACAUCAGCGGCUGGUUGGAGAAGAACAAAGACCCCCUGAAUGAGUCUGUGGUCCAGCUCUACCAGAAGUCAUCAGUUAAAAUUCUCUCCAUGCUCUACGCCAGCUUCUCCGGAUCAGACGACGCUGCUGCUGGAGGAACCAAGAAAGGAACCAAGAAGAAGGGAGCAUCUUUCCAGACGGUAUCAGCUUUGUUCAGGGAGAAUCUGGGGAAGCUCAUGACCAACCUGAGAACAACUCAUCCUCACUUUGUUCGCUGUUUGAUUCCAAAUGAGACAAAAACACCAGGUGUGAUGGAAAACUCCCUGGUCAUCCAUCAGCUGCGAUGUAACGGUGUGUUGGAGGGAAUCCGCAUCUGUAGGAAAGGAUUUCCCAGCAGAAUAAUCUAUGGAGACUUCAAACAAAGAUACCGGAUUCUUAAUGCCAGCGCCGUUCCAGAAGGACAGUUCAUGGACAACAAAAAGGCUGCAGAGAAGCUGCUGGGCUCCAUCGAUGUGGAUCACACCCAGUACAAGUUUGGACACACUAAGGUGUUUUUUAAAGCCGGUCUAUUGGGGGCUUUGGAGGAAAUGAGAGACGAGCGUUUAGCCCAGGUCGUCACGUCCACUCAGGCUCUGUGUCGCGCCUACCUCGUCCGCCUCGAGUACCAGAAGAUGGUGGCCAGAAAGGAGGCGAUCUACACCAUCCAGUAUAACUUCCGUUCCUUCAUGAAUGUGAAACACUGGCCGUGGAUGAAGCUGUACUUUAAGCUCAAGCCUCUCCUAAAGAGCGCCGAAGCUGAAAAGGAAAUGGCUCAGAUGAAGGUGGAUUUUACAAAGUUGAAGGAAGAUCUGGCCAAAUCUGAAAACCGGCGCAGGGAGCUUGAAGAGAAAAUGGUCUCUGUUGUCCAAGAGAAGAAUGAUCUUCUGCUUCAAGUCCAGGCUGAAGCAGACAAUCUCCUGGACGCCGAAGAAAGAUGUGAAGGACUCAUCAAAAGUAAGAUCCAGCUGGAGGCCAAGCUGAAGGAGGUGACGGAACGACUGGAGGAUGAGGAGGAGGUGAACGCCGAGCUGACCGCCAAGAAGAGGAAACUGGAAGACGAGUGCUCAGAGCUAAAGAGGGACAUUGAUGAUCUGGAGCUCACCUUGGCCAAAGUGGAGAAGGAGAAACACGCCGUGGAGAACAAGGUGAAAAACCUGAUUGAAGAAAUCAUGAGUCAAGAUGAGAACAUCACCAAACUGUCCAAAGAGAAGAGGGCACUGCAGGACGCCCAUCAGCAGGUGUUAGAUGACCUUCAGUCCGAGGAGGAGAAGAUCAAUGCCCUGACCAAAGCCAAGACCAAACUGGAGCAGCACGUGGACGAGCUGGAAGGUUCACUGGAGCAAGAGAAGAAGAUCCGCAUGGACCUGGAGAGAGCCAAGAGGAAGCUGGAGGGGGAUCUGAAACUGGCUCAAGAGUCCAUCAUGGACCUGGAAAACGAGAAGCAGCAGCUGGAUGAAAAACUAAAAAAGAAAGACUUCGAGUUGUCACAGUUUCAGACUAAGGUUGAAGACGAGCAGGCACUGGGUGUACAGCUGCAGAAGAAGAUUAAAGAACUUCAGGCCCGGAUCGAGGAGCUGGAAGAGGAGAUCGAGUCCGAACGCUCGUCUCGGGCCAAAGUAGAGAAGCAGAGGUGUGAUGUGUCGCGGGAGCUGGAGGAGAUCAGUGAGCGUCUGGAGGAGGCCGGAGGAGCCACUGCUGCUCAGAUCGAGAUGAACAAGAAGAGAGAGGCUGAGUUUCUCAAACUACGAAGGGAGCUGGAGGAGAGUUCACUGCAACACGAGGCCACAUCCGCCACUUUACGCAAGAAACAUGCCGACAGCGUGGCUGAACUGGGAGAGCAGCUGGACAACCUCCAAAGAGUCCGACAGAAGCUGGAGAAGGAGAAGAGUGAGAUGAGGCUAGAGAUGGACGACUUAGCCAGCAACAUGGACAGCAUGGCCAAGUCCAAGAUUAAUCUGGAGAAAAUGUGCCGCUCACUUGAAGAUCAACUGAAUGAGGCCAAAACCAAAGAAGAAGAGAACCACAGAUUAAUAAAUGACCUUUCAAGCCAGAAAGCUCGGCUACAGACUGAAAAUGCUGAAAUGUCUCGGCAGCUGGAGGAGAAAGAGUCUUUAAUGUCACAGCUCAGUCGUGGAAAACAGGCCUUUAUUCAGCAGGUCGAGGAGCUGAAGAGGCUUCAUGAUGAGGAAGUGAAGGCUAAAAACGCCCUGGCACACAGUUUGCAGUCCUCCCGUCAUGACUGUGAGCUGUUACGAGAACAGUAUGAGGAGGAGCAGGAGGCUAAAGCCGAACUCCACCGCUGCCUGUCCAAAGCCAACAGCGAGGUGGCUCAGUGGAGAACCAAAUAUGAGACGGACGCCAUCCAACGCACAGAGGAGCUGGAAGAGGCAAAGAAGAAGCUGGCACUGCGUCUGCAGGAGGCAGAAGAAGCCGUGGAGGCAGUGAACUCCAAGUGUUCGUCUCUGGAGAAGACUAAGCAGCGGCUGCAGGGAGAAGUGGAAGAUCUGAUGAUGGAUGUGGAGAGGUCCAACUCUGCUGCAGCUGCACUCGACAAGAAACAACGGAACUUUGACAAGAUUCUGGCUGAGUGGAAACAGAAACAUGAGGAGGGUCAAACCGAGCUGGAAUUGGCUCUAAAGGAGGUCCGUUCUCUAGGCACUGAGAACUUCAAGAUGAAGAACAGCUUUGAGGAGUGUCUGGAACAACUGGAGACCUUCAAACGGGAAAAUAAAAACCUGCAGCAGGAAAUAAUGGAUCUGACUGAACAAGUUGGAGAAGCAGGGAAAACCAUCCAUGAGCUGGAGAAAUCAAAGAAACAGACUGACCAGGAGAAGUUUGAGGCUCAGACAGCUCUGGAGGAGGCAGAGGCUUCUCUGGAACAUGAAGAAUCCAAGAUCCUGAGGGUCCACCUGGAGCUGAACCAGGUUAAGUCUGAAGUGGACAAGAAGAUUGCGGAGAAGGAUGAAGAGAUCGAGCAGCUGAAGAGAAACAGCCAACGCAUCAUCGACACCAUGCAGAGCAAUCUGGACGCUGAGGUCCACAGCCGGAACGACGCUCUGAGGGUGAAGAAGAAGAUGGAGGGAGACCUGAAUGAGAUGGAGGUCCAGCUGAGCCACGCCAACCGCCAGGCAGCCGAGACCCAGAAGCAGCUGAGGAACAUUCAGGUCCAGCUGAAGGAGGUUCAGAUUCACCUGGACGAUGUGCUGAGAAACAACGAAGACAUGAAGGAGCAGGUGGCCAUGUCUGAGCGCAGGAGUAAUCUGAUGCAGGCGGAGAUGGAGGAGGUCCGAGGCGCUCUGGAGCAGACGGAGAGGAGCCGCAAGCUGGCCGAGCAGGAGCUGCUGGACUCCAACGAGAGAGUCCAACUGCUUCAUUCACAGAACACCAGUCUGCUCAACAGCAGGAAGAAGCUGGAGGCUGAUUUGUCUCAGAUUCAGGGUGAGAUGGACGACAGCAUGCAAGCAGCGAGGAACGCUGAAGAGAAAGCCAAGAAGGCCAUCACAGAUGCUGCGAUGAUGGCUGAGGAGCUGAAGAAGGAGCAAGACACCAGCGCUCACCUGGAGAGGAUGAAGAAGAAUCUGGAGGCCACGGUGAAGGACCUGCAGCAGCGGCUCGACGAGGCUGAGAGUGUGGCCAUGAAGGGCGGCAAGAAGCAACUGCAGAAACUGGAAGCCAGGGUUCGAGAGCUGGAGAAUGAGCUUGAAACAGAACAAAGACAUGGUUCGGACAUAGUGAAGAGUGUCCGCAAACUGGAACGUAAGAUUAAGGAGCUCACAUAUCAGUCGGAUGAGGAUAAGAAGAACAUGACGCGGCUGCAAGAGCUGGUGGACAAACUGCAGCUGAAGGUCAAAGCGUACAAGAGGCAGGCGGAGGAAGCGGAGGAGCAGGCCAACACUCAUCUGGCUAAACUCAGGAAGGUGCAGCAUGAGCUGGAGGAGGCUGAGGAGCGAGCUGACAUCGCCGAGUCUCAGAUCAACAAGAUGAAGGUGAAGAGCCGUGACCUGGGAAAGGUGAGUCGGUCCCAUUCUCCUCCUGUGUCUCAAUCUGGAUUAAUACGAUAA